AUGUCGGUGGGGGGCGUCGGGGGAGAAGAUGGAGGGGAAGGGGAAGGGGGAGGUUCGAGUGUUGUGUGGGAGGCCACUACUACUACUACUACUACUACUACUACUACUACUACUACUACUACUACUACUACUACUACUACUACUACUACUAGUACUUCUAGUGCCGAUGCUACAAAUGGUGGUACAGAUGGUGGUGGUGAUAAUGGGCCAAAGAAAGCCGUACGCACCAGCACCAUAACUCUCCAGAAACAAGGCAAAAACAACACCCUCUCUGGUAUAUCCAUUGACCCCGAAACCGGGAAUACAUCGCCAUGCGAUGAGUUGCGGAUUCCCUUUGAGACGGUUUUUCGCAGGAGUCCGGUGGGCAAGGAGACGGAUUUUGUUAUUGACUGGGAACAGCUUUUGUAUUUUGCUGAGGAUACUUGGCAGAGUAUUAAGCGUGAGCGGGAGAAAUGCUUGUUUUGA